AUACUUGACGUAACAAUGUCAGUCACUACCAAAAAGAAGCACGUGACGAAGGAGGUCCUGGAGGAAUAUCCCUUGCCAGAGGGGAGCCGACAAGUGGUCAAGGUUGUGGCGUCCAGAGGGAACAAUUUACACGAGGUUGUGACGAGCCGAGGGGAGAAGUUCCUGGUGAGCAUGCCCUCCAAGUUCAGGAAGCACGUGUGGAUCAAGAGAGGAGACUUUAUCCUGGUGGAACCCAUCGAAGAGGGCGACAAAGUGAAGGCAGAGAUCUCACACAUCUUGUUCAAUGAGCAGAUAAAACACAUACAGGAGCAAAACUUGUGACUUAGAAAACUCUGUCUCCAGAUUGUCUCUCUCUUCAGCUCCAAUCAGGCAUGGAAAUUUCCUGACAAAAUGUUCAAGUGAGUUUUAGGACUGUUCCGUCCUGGUUUUCACAUCAAGUACAUGGGCAUGAGCAAGGCUUUUGCCUUGCAGGGGAAGCUUUUCAGAAAUGCAGGUGCAUGCCUCUGAAAAAAAAAGCCGAACUUCAUUGAAGAAACCUUUCUCAUCAUCAGCUGUGAUCUUGUCUUCUUCUUUCUGGAUAAAUAGCAAACUACUCCAAAUUUUCACGAAAAAUUAUCAUAAAAGCUUAUGAACAUUAGUAACAUAAAAAGGGCCUUAUUUCAUCGGUGUAUCUAUUGAAGUAUCUUGUGUGAAAAAAUGUAGUCAUUUGGAUGAAAAAUAAGGGAGGAGAUCCAACGUAAAGUUAGAAAAAUAAAGUUUUGAGAAUACGGAGGAAAAAGGUUGAAAACAUGAAAAA